AACUGCUGUAAACUCUUAAUAAAAACAAGAUUUUGUAAGAUUGAUAUUUAUAUUCUAACAAAAGUUUAGCUUUAUAUCGAUCUUAUGUAACUUGAAAUUUAAUACUUUGCUCAAAGUCAAAGCUACUUUAUAAAAUAUGGCGUUUUUGAAUAAGAACUUAGUUUUUGCUACUAGGUUCAUUUCUACUAGCAGAAUAAAUAACUGUCAAACUCUGGUAAAGAAGAAAACCUUGCAGGCUAAAUUUCAGGUUGAUGAUGGAAAGCCAGUUUGGCUUAAAGGUGGAUUAUAUGAUAGAUUUCUGUAUACCACCACUGUUACAUUGUGUUGUAUCGGGCUUCUAAUGAAUUUCAUAGUUAUAUUCAACCAAGCUAAACCAUCUUCAUGGAAAAAUCCUGUUUGUUGAGUUCUAUUCAAUUAAUUUAUGUUUCAUCAAAUUCUAUUUAUAUUUCAUGUUAAUUAUGUUCUUUUAACUUUUGGUCUUUGGAACAGAAAUAAAUAAUCCAGUAUGUUUUUCAUUGAUCUUUGUUAAUAAAUACACCAUUUAAACAAUG